GAUAGCUUUUGCAUUGGCAACUCUGUGAAGUACAUAUGUGACAUUGUGUGUUUCGUGGUCACCAAAAGCAUUGCAACACACUAUCAGUGUGCCUGAGAAUUUUUUUCGUCUACGUAUGUAUGGCGGUACAAUUUAAUUGGUAGUGUUGAUGCAGUAAGAUCGCAUAUUUCAGUCUAGUGCAUUAUAUUUUCGCGUACGUUAAAAAACAUAACAGCACAUGCACUAUUAUUACACUUCGACAAUAUGAAAUAUUUCGAAUGUUUUUGGAUGUGUAGAGAGGAAAUAAAUGCUUCUCGCCACGCGAUUCCAAAGAUACAGGUGCAGUAUGGGAAAUAUUUAGCACUCAGUACUUUCACGAAAUUCCCAGUCGGAGUAUUUGAAGUAAUGCAACGUAACUCCAGAAUGGCGGAAUCCGGCGGCUCGCUGAUGUUCUCCGAGCAGGAGCUCACCUGCUCCAUCUGCCUGGACCUGUUCACCAACCCGGUGUCCACGCCCUGCGGCCACAACUUCUGCCAGAUCUGCAUCGGCGGCUACUGGGCCACCAGCGACGGCUGCAGCUGCCCGCUGUGCAAGCGGCAGUUCGGCGAGCGGCCCGAGCUGAACGUCAACCGCGUCUUCGCCCUCAUCACCGACAAGUUCAAGGAGUCGCAGUUCGGGGUCGCGGGUCCCGGCCUGGGGGCGGGGGCGGGCGCGGAGCUGGCGAACGGAGGAGGAGGAGGAGGAGGAGGAGGAGGAGCCGGGAGCGAGGGGACGAGCGACGGCUGGGAGGUGACGUGCGACGUCUGCACGGGCAGGAAGUUGGCGGCGGUGAAGUCCUGCCUCACCUGCACCGCCUCGUACUGCGAGAGCCACAUCCAGCCGCACCUGCAGGCGCCCUGCUACGCCCGCCACCAGCUGCUCGACCCCCAGGAGGCCCUGAAGGGGCGCACCUGCCCCGCCCACCACCGCCUCCUGGAGGUGUACUGCUGCACCGAGCAGACCUGCAUCUGCGCCAUCUGCGUCCUGGAGGAGCACCGCACGCACAGGACCGUGUCCAUACAGACGGAGAGAGCCAACAAGCAGAGACUUCUUGGAAAAACUGAAUUGGAGUUACAAAGCAGGAUCAAGGAGAAGACAGUACGACUGAACGAAAUCAAUCGCAAAUUGGAGUCUCUUCGGAGCUUUGCAAAGGGCGAGGCGUCGGAGGUGGAGCAGAUUCUGACAGAGAUGACGCAGUCGGUGGAGAGGAUUCGGGGCGAGCUGGUGGGAGGCAUCGAGGAGAGGCAGGAGGUCAUGGAGGCACAUGGGCGGGAGCUGGUCUCCCAGCUGGAGGAGGAGCUGGGGCAGCUCCAGGAGCAGAGGGCCAAUCUGGAAGUGCAGGCCAGCUCCGAGGAUCACAUCAGCUUCCUGAAGAGUUUCGAGGCGGCCAACGCCCUCUUCACCGACGACGAGGAGGACAUCCAGGAACCGGACCACCUGGAGCUGCACCUCCCUCUCGGGGAGGCCAAGAAGGCCCUGGGGGAGCUGAGAGACAGGCUGGAGGACAUUCACAUGGGCGAGGUGCAGUCACACAGAGCCGUGUCCCUGACAGGAAGUGAGAGCAUUAUGUCUCUUCACGGAAUGAGGAGGAGGGAGUGGUCAUUGAAGGAUCUCAGAAAAGUGCGAGGAUCAGGAAUCAAGAAGGUCCGUUCCUUUGCAGAUGACAUCACUCUGAACCCGGUGACGGCCUACCCCUUCCUGAUCCUGUCGGACGACCGAAAGCAGGUGAAGAGGGGAGAGAAGCUCCAGCACUACCGGAACAGCGCUCACCGCUACGACGUCUGGUCCUGCGUCCUGGCCAAGGAGGGCUUCUCCUCCGGGAAACACUACUGGGAGGUGCACGUGGGGGAAAACAGGGAUUGGAAAGUGGGGGUUGUGAAGGAGUCCGCUCAGAGGAAGGGCCUGUUCGACAUGAACCCCGUCAACGGGUACUACGGGCUCUGGUGGGGGGGCACCCAGCUGCGCGCCCUGACCACAGCCCCGCUCGCCAAAGUCAAGAUCUCCAGCAGGCUGAGGAGAGUCGGGGUGUUUCUGGACUGCGAGGAGGGUCAGGUGACCUUCUACAACGCCAAGUCGGGCUCGGAGCUGUACACCUUCCACUCCGAGGAAUUCACGGAGAAGAUGCUGCCGUUUUUGGGGACUGCCGACAAAGAGGUUCCACUCAUUCUAAUGUCGAUACAGUACAACAUUCCUGAAUGACAGAGGAGGAUUUGAUAGGUCAGUACAACAUUCCGGCGUGACAGAGGAGGAUUUGAUAGGUCAGUACAACAUUCCUGAGUGACAGAGGAGGAUUUGAUAGGUCAGUACAACAUUCCUGAAUGACAGAGGAGGAUUUGAUAGGUCAGUACAACAUUCCGGCGUGACAGAGGAGGAUUUGAUAGGUCAGUAUAACAUUCCUGAGUGACAGAGGAGGGUCUGAUAGGUCAGUACAACAUUCCUGAGUGACAGGAGGAUUUGAUAGGUUAGUACAACAUUCCUGAGUGACAGAGGAGGAUUUGAUAGGUCAGUACGACAUUCCUGAGUGACAGAGGAGGGUUUGAUAGCUCACUAUAAAAAUAGAGAUAGCACAGUAUAAUGUAAACAAGUAUCAAAGAGUUAUGGUAUAACUGCACGGUAUCUACUGCAGUGGAAAUGUAUCCUAGUGACAAGGAGAAAGGCUGAGGAGAAGGAGCAAGCAUGUUUCUUUCUGGUGCAUGCUGGGAAGAAGGGGGGGGGUCAUUGAAGCUGGUUGUGUGAAUGCCAAAGCGGAUGGACUGUUACACUAUUUACAUUCACUUAUAUUUCACACACUGUGCAUCUUCAAGAGGAAUCGCCUGCUUUUCAUUCAGAAUUGUUUCCUGUUUUCAAACCUUUACACUCACACGCUUAUAUACUAACACACCUUUAUGUUUACGCACCUUUACACUUACAAACUUUUAUACUAACACACCUUUAUGUUUACGCACCUUUACACUUACAAACUUUUAUACUAACACACCUUUAUGUUUACACACCUUUACACUUACACAGACUUAUACGUAUACUCACACACCCUUAAAUUUACAUCCUUACACACUGGGUCAUCUAUUGUUGGUGCUUUCUAUUGGGAUGGCCUUGGUGUAACACUGAUUUUUUUUUUUGGGGGGGGGGGGGCGGGGUAGGAACAAAAAUAAAAACAAAAAAACCCAUGUAACAUCUAACACACUAUGUCUCAAAUCUUUUAACUUUUCUUUUCUUCUUUUUUUUUUUUUUUACAAACUAGUGUGGCUGAAUUCCUGUUUAAAAAUCCUUUAUUACAUCUCAAACUCCUGGCAUGACCAGCAGAGAAAAGAGGGACAGCUGAGAGACUGUUAGCUCAGCAAGGGCCAUGUGGAUUUGAGAAGAUUGCCUGUGUAAGCUGUACUGUGUUUUGUCAGUGUUGUAAAUGUUGUAGGUUUGUCUAUACAUAUUUAACAUGCAUGCAGUUGGUUAUGUAAAAUUUUAAAUAUUAAGAAAUAAACAUUUAAUGCCGA